CAAACAAUUGGCGACCUCGGCGGGCACAUCGAACUCGAAUCAAUCAAGAGCGAUUGAUAAGAAGGGCCACUUGACGGUAGAAAGUUUCCUAUAAAUACGACAGAUGCCGGGCAGCGAACCACCCACAAACUCGUAAGCCAUGCGUCUGCCAGCCCUCCUUUGGCCACUGGCCUGCUGCCUGGUGAUGCUUCUGCUUCCGUCCGGAACUCGCUCGCAGUGCAAUGAUACUCACCAGCCGGGAUGUCUCCACAAGGCGGAGCUGAAUAUCUCCCAGCGCCAUUGUCUGGACCCCACGAAGUACUGGCUCUGCACAGCCAUUGGCCAGGAAGCCCAGCUCAAGAAGUGUCAGGCUAAUACAGGAUUCGAUCAGGACCUCAACGCCUGCGUGCCUUGGGUCGCUUGGGUUUGGCAGCCUUGUAUCGAGCCGCCCAGUCGUCCACCCGGCUGGACACCCUGUUAAAAAGUAUAUUGGAUUUGGUUCCCUAAAUGCAUUUCUAAAUACAUUUCUAUACUUGAAUGUAGUAACUUACUUUUUGAGUUAUUGUCACGUAACAUUAUUUUUGCUUCUUAAUAUGUCAUUUCUCCGAUGAGUGAUUCUUCUGACAAUAUAUACCAUCAAUUAAAUUAUGGCUUUAUAAACAAAUUAUUUCAAAUAAGUUCUAUUUGACAGAGGCAACAAAUAUAAUAUACGCUUUUUGGUAAUUUUAA